AUGCCUGAUACAUCUUCCUCUGUAUUUGUCAUUAUCUACAAUGGAUGCAUCUUAUCUUGUCUCUUCAUAUCUAUCUAUCUAUCUAUCUAUCUAUCUAUCUAUCUAUCUAUCUAUCUAUCUAUCUAUCUCUUCAUAUCUAUCUAUGUUCUCAUCUAUCUAUCUAUUUAUCUAUCUAUCUAUAUAUAUUUCUCUUCAUAUCUAUCUAUCUAUCUAUCUAUCUAUCUAUCUAUCUAUCUAUCUAUCUAUCUAUGCCUGUUCAUAUCUCUCUCUCUUUCUCUCUCUCUCUAUAUCUAUCUAUCUAUCUAUCUAUCUAUCUAUCUAUCUCUGUUCAUAUCUCUCUCUUUCUCUCUCUAUAAAUAUAUGUCUGUUCAUAUCUAUCUAUCUAUCUAUCUAUCUAUCUAUCUAUCUAUCUAUCUAUCUCUGUUCUUAUCUAUCUCUCUCUCUAUAUAUGUGUGUCUGUUUAUAUCUAUGUAUGUAUGUAUGUAUGUAUGUAUGUAUGUAUGUAUAUUCAUCUAUCUAUCUAUCUAUCUAUCUAUCUAUCUAUGUUUGUUUAUAUCUCUCUCUUUAUAUAUAUGUGUGUCUGUUUAUAUCUAUCUAUCUAUCUAUCUAUCUAUCUAUCUAUCUAUCUAUCUAUCUAUCUAUCUAUCUAUACACAUAUCUACGUACCCAACUUGGAAUGCAAGAAUAAGGAGACAAUACACUAUCUAUCUAUCUAUCUAUCUCAGUCUGUUCGUAUCUAUCUAUCUAUCUAUCUAUUUUUUUAAGCGGAGCCAACUUUCCUUAUCUAUCUAUCUAUCUAUCUAUCUAUCUAUCUAUCUAUCUAUCUAUUUUAUCUAUUAUAUCUAUCUAUCUAUCUAUCUAUCUAUCUAUCUAUCUAUCUAUCUCACUUUGUUCAUAUUUAUCUUCUUCUGUUCAUCUAUCUAUCUCUCUGACCAUGAGACCCGGCUAUUAUCUAUCUAUCUAUCUAUCUAUCUAUCUAUCUAUCUCAUUCUGUUCAUAUCUAAUUUACAUCUAUAUAUUCAUUCUUAUCUUAUAUAUCUAUCUAUUCAUAUCUAUCUAUCUAUCUAUCUAUCUAUCUAUCUAUAUAUAUAUAUAUAUAUAUAUUAUGGACAAUCGCUAUCUAUCUGUCAUAUCAUCGUUCUUUCUUGCUUUUCUCGUUUUCAUUCAUUUUUUUUAUACGAAUCUUUCUUUUUUUUUCAUUCUUUUAUUCUUUCUGUCUUUCUUUGUACAAUUCAUUCUUUUCUCCGUCUUUCUUUCUAUCUAUCUAUCUUUCUUUCUUUCUUUGUCUCUCGUAUAAUUCAUUCUUUUUCUCCGUUUUUCUUUCUUUCUUUUACUUUCUUUUUCUUUUUUCAUUUGUCAUUCUUUUUCAUUCUUUCAUUCUUUCAUUCUUUCUUUCUUUUUUAUUCUUUUUCAUUCUUUCUUUCCAUUUUCUUUCUUUCUUUUUCAGUCUUCUUCAUUCUUUCAUUCUUUUUUCAUUCCUUUUCAGUUUUUCAUUCUUUGCGUCUUUCUUUCUUUCUUUUUUCAUUCUUUAUCUUUCUAUCUUUCUCUCAGCUUUUUGUUUGUUUGUUUGUUCGUUUCUUUCUUUCUUUGUCGUUGCUUUUUGCUUGUUUCUUUCUUUCUUUCUUUCUUUCUUUCUUUCUUUCUUUCUUUCCUUCCUUUCUCUCUGGUUGUUACUCCGAAUUCUAUUAUUCUUUCUUUCUUUCUUUCUUUCUUUUUUCAAUUGCCUUUAUUAACAUUUUUUCUUUCCCCUUUUCAUUCUAUUUGACCCUAACUGAUCUUUUAAUUUUUCAUCCUCCUUUUCCUUUCGAUACAUUUUCAGGCAACAUCUCUGUUCAGUUCCAUCCAUUUUCCUAA